AUGUCGAGACAAGUUCUUAUUAGUGAGAGGGCCUUACUGCAAACACGUCUUCCAAGUACAAUGUACGAAGAGAGUAUUAGAUAUUAUUGCUUUCAACGUGGAAGUCGUACCCCUCCAAGGUCAGUCAGGCACUGGCAUUCUUUCGUUGAAGACGUGAGACGCUAUGAAGUCAGCGACUAUAGUAUAUUUGCACCGCUAAACUUGAGGAACGAUACGGUUCAAAUCUUCGAUGAAGGAACCCUAUUGUGCUUAAUGGAUACAACCGUAUUGUCCAUAAUUCGUAGCAUAUGGGACCACAGAAGUGUUUCUCUUUUCAGAAUAAGAGAUUCUUCGAGAGUUGAUUGGCAUAUAACUGAUGACGAUGGGAGAGCAAUAGUUUGCAUUUCUCUUAAACCUUGCUGGGCUUUGACAACAAAUAACAACGUCGAUGCUGUUCAAGAGUAUGAAAGGGGUGAAAAUGACUUCCAUGACUAUGUUAACAACAUGUAUGAUUACAUGUUGAAUCUUGGAAUACGCUACGGGAUAUUGACAACCUACGACAAUACUUGGUUCAUGAGAAGGUCUUUCGAAGAUGAAUCUGUUCUCGAAAUAUCCCAAUGUCACAACAUCGAAACCGAUCAUUUGUUACUCUUAUCUUGGAAUUACAUAAUCCAUUUGGGAAACGUUUCUAGACCGUGUCAUCCGAAUCCGGACUAUUAUUACGAUAGCUAUAACAAUGAAAACAAUACACCAGAUUCUGUAUCCGACAACUCGGAUUACGACUCGAACGAAACAAGUUCAGGCGAACAAUCAUCUGACGAGGACGUCAACUAUUUAUUAGGGAGGCUGACACUCGACAGCUCUAUAUGA